AUGGAGGUGGCAGCUGUGAGCAAUGACACCCGCGGGUGGAUCAUGUGCAUCGUGAGCGGCAUAGCCUGCGUUAUGGGCGCCUGUGUGAUAUGCGUCGACUUGGUGAUUCGCUACCUGCCGGGCAAGCAAGACUUCCGCAUACAGGAUAGCAAUUCAUUCUUAGCAUGCUCACUCAGCUUGAGUUUUGGCGUCAUGAUAUUCUCGGCCCUGCAUAGUAUGCUACCUGAGUCUGAGGAGUACUUGCGCAAGGACAAGUUCGACUCCAUGGAUGCCGGCUUAAUCAUGAUGGGUUGUUUCGUCGCCGGCUUCCUGGGAAUACAGGGCCUGUCGAGGCUGCUUCAUCGCAUUAUGCCCUCGCAUGUGGUUGAUUGCGAUCACACCCAUGACGACGCCGACGAAGACGAAGACCACGCGAAGCAUGACCAUGCCCACGGUGCAAGUCGCCAGCCGUCACGGAUUGGUAGGGCCAGGACGCGGCUGUCGUCCCAGGGGAGACGGAUAACGACCGUCACCAAGCUGCACGAAAAUGGCCACUCUCAUUCCCACGCCCACGGCGAUUCCCAUGGUCAUGCACACGUCUCCGAGUCCACGCCGCUUCUCCCCCCUGCAAACAAAUUGCAGGCUAACGGGCGACCUCGUGCUGACCCUCAGCAAAAUGGUCUGUCAGCGGUCACUGACAGCGUGCGCCAACAAGACCUGGCCAGCGUAGCCCGUCGUCCAUCUUUUAUUGAUAUGCGCGACCGUGUCAUGUCCUUCGUCAAGGACACCAAGAGAACAUGCGACGUCAAUGGCCCUUGCUUUGGCUAUAGUGAUCCCUGCGGACAGGAGUGUUUCAAGCACAUCAGCUCGAGGUCCGCAAUCUCACGACAGAACUCACGCUCCGCAUCACGGAUGAAUACAAGCAUCUUCCAACCUACAGCACCACUGUUUGAAAGGGUAUCUGAGGAGGGCAGCGAGGUUGAUUCAGGGGCCGCCUCACCUCUCAGUCCAUUGCACCGAGCCAGUCGUACCCAGUCGCGUGAGCCAGCGGUCGAGACCGAGAAUCAUGAUCAUCAUCACCACCACAGCCACCACCAUCAACAUCCGGAUGACGACGACUACGACCACGAUCAGCUGUCCGAGGCAAGCACCGACUUGGAAGCCCAAGACGGUGCGGCUCAUCACCAUCACGUUCCAGCCAAUGCGUUCCUGUCCAUCGGCCUGCAGACGGUCAUCGCUAUCGCGCUGCACAAGUUCCCAGAGGGCUUCAUCACCUACGCCACCAACCACGCCAACCCUCAACUCGGCUUCAAUGUCUUCAUGGCCCUCUUCGUGCACAACAUUGCCGAGGGUUUUGCCAUGGCCCUGCCCCUGUACAUGGCCCUGGGCUCGCGCCUGAAAGCAAUAGCUUGGUCCAGUCUUCUGGGCGGCUUCAGCCAGCCCAUAGGUGCUGGCAUAGCCUGGUUGCUAUUCAGGUUCUUUGGCUCGGGUGGGGAGGUCGGGAUCGACAACACCGCCUACGCGAUCCUGUUCGCUGCGACGGCCGGCAUCAUGGCGAGCGUCGCGUUGCAGCUCUUUGUCGAGAGCUUGAGUCUAAACCACAAUCGGAACCUGAGCAUUGCGUUUGCGUUCUUGGGCAUGGUGCUCUUGGGAGUGAGCAAUGCCAUUGCUGGUCAUCACUGA